UGAGUGCUGAUACUGCUGAAGGACAGAAGGAGCAUACAGUAUGCCAAUCAAUUCCUGUGGACAGGAGUGAUGCAGCAGCACUUUCAUUGUCACCACACACGGGAUUUCAAAAUUAUGUUAUGAAUGACCCAUUAUGGUUGACGUAUUACUCAAACCUACAGGGAGUACUUUCGGAGAUGAGAUUCCUGAAAUAACGUGUGUGCUGGUCACAUGAGAAGGCACAUUUUCUCUACUAUGGUAUCACUGGUGGACGGACUUCUCACUGUAUCAUGCAUAGCAUUACAGGCGUAUCAAAUAAAUAUUGUGUGCGACGCAUAGGUGGCGUUGCAGACUGUAGGUUGUUCGCUGACCGUGCAAGAUGGUGAACGUGCGGCGCUGGUUAUCCUUGAGUUCGCGUGACUCCGCACAACUUCUCUGACCUUCAUUCUCCUGAGCUCUUCUCUCCUUCCCUGAUCACCGGAUUUUUCCAAAAUGGAAUCUAAACAAGCGAAGAGCUUGACCUCAGCCCAGAAAUCAGUUCCUGAAGUGAGAGCCACUGGCCAGAAAGAAUUCCCUGGAUUUGAUUUUGUCGAUCAGCACAGUUCAGAAGAAGAGCUGGAGUGCAUCAAUGGUUCCGUGAGCCAACCAACCUCUCGCUCCUCCUCAGUUUGCGGCGAAAAGCGCAAGUUUUCCCGCGCGUCGUCUGCAUCAUCAGAGGACGAAGAAGUGAAAAGUGAUGCUCGCCGAGUGCCUUUGGAAUUCCAUUCCAAACCACCCGCGAAUGUGUAUCGCCCGCAGUCUUUCACGUUCGUAACCGAUGACAGUGACAACGCCGAGUUGAUCUCUGCAAACGAAUCUGCUUCACCACGGAAGCGCCACCGUCAUCUCCACCGAAUACCUCGUCCUUGUCUCGACUUCGAAAAGAUGCAGCAGAAGAAAGCGAGGAACGUAACUACGUGGCGCCAUGGCGGCGAACUGACGCUUCCGUGCUAUUGAUUUACCCGCUCGAGCCCGUCUGGAAUGUGAUCGUCGCGCAGAUCUGAUUUGUAAAACCUCGGCACCCAAUUUUUCUAGUCCCAUCGACAACUAUUUGUUUCGAGCAGCAGUUGCUUGCCAAAAAGUUCAAAGCUCGUCCCCACUCGAUAUGCUCGCCAAUCCUGCACUGUGGACAGAAUUACAUUAAUUCAGACCUUGUCCUCACCUCAGCGAUGUGUUUCUUCCGUCCUGUUCAGUCGUCUGUGAUCUGUACGAUUAGGUAUCCUGUCCGCUUCCUUGAUCUCAUAAGUUUGACCUAACUUUUUGCUGGACACCCGUAGAGAUCUCGGGGUGAGUUUGUAUGUGUGUGUGCACUUCGGCUUUGCUUCUACUCGUCUUUUUGUUUCUUUCUAGCAUAAUCCUUUCUCUGCUCUGUGAAACGAAUGGCUGUGGAACAUUAUGGUCUGAACGAAAUAUUUGUCUUUAAACCAAUCGUAUCUAUAAAAAAACUAGAUUUGACAGAAGACCCAAAUUUGUUUCUCUUCGAAGGCACUGUCCGUUCCAUUACAAAGUUCAUAAGCACCCAUGCAAUUCUUUGGGGGAAAGUUCAUUUUCUCUGUGUUCUCGUGCGCGUUUUAAUCGUAAAUUAAUUUCUGCUUUCGCGAAAUACAAUCCUCGGUCUGAAACCAUGAGAAUAUCAUCUUCAAAGUGUUCACUUAUCAAUGUUUCCGCAGUGAUCGAGCUCAUAUUCCACCUCUUCUCGCGUGAAAAUUGUUCGUUCCUCAGUUGAGUCAAUUGCCUCUACGCAGUAAUGCAGGUCCGAGUUCUGAAUUUUUCGGAUGUUUUACCUCGUUCUGUGGUACAAAAAUAUAUACCUGUACAGUAUUCGAAUGUCAUUUUCCAGUGCUUUCAUCGGAUUUUGUGUUGGAGGAAGUUGUCCGAAUUAAAAGACUAAUUCGAAAGUUUUGCAAGGUGUUCUGGACACGUUCAGCUUAUGUCCUUGAGAUAUUCCAAAUUGUAAGGUUCCUGAAAAAGCAUCCUGAUCUGAAAUAAAUCCUGUCGGGGACAACUUGUAAAUAGCUUCACGCUUACAUUGUUUGUAGCACUUUUGAAUGCCAUGAGGUAGUUUUUGUGAAGUGAGCGGAUGUGCACACUGAUUUUCAGAGUACUGUAUUGAAAUCACUGAAGAAAUGAAUGAUCGAGGAAGCUGAGGAUCCCUGUGAGA